AUGUUGAAUAUUUUCAAGAAGCGCUGUCUUUCGUCAUCAGGUGGACCGGGCAGCCUUCUUCUCAACAGCUGUUGCCAUUCUCCGAGCACUUCUGUUUUGAGUACAAGAAGUAUCGGAGUAGUCUCGGAUUCAAGCAAGAUACAAUUAUCAUCACGUAAUUUUGGAGGAACUGAGAGCGCAAAGGCUUUGUUUUCUUCAUCAUGUAUUGGCAUGAAAAAAGCAAAAUCGUUUGUUACGAAUUUUGAAAGAACAUCCUCUCAUGUUAAUAAUCACACAGCAAAUAGAGAAACAUAUACUUCUCAUAACGAUUCAAACGAAAAUAACAUUAAUUUUCAUCAGCCUUUCCGUAAACAUCCAAAGAAUACAUCGUACAAAGCCAACCACAGCAACAAUAGAAUUACUCACUCUAACAACAGCUCAUCGAAUCCCGAAGAAACACCAAUAUUGUUUUCCUUUCAGCCAACAAACAAGAUUAUCCGUAACAAAAACAGCAAAUUUAAGAAAAAGAGUAACCUCUCAAAUGAGACACGAAUUCCUUCGCCCAUGAAUAAUGAUAUUGACGUUUCAGAUUCUCUUAGCAACUCUCAGGAGUCGUCAUUGGAACCUCAGACUGGCAAUUAUGGCAUUCCGCAGUUUAAAAAAGAGCUCGAAUAUAAUGUUGAUAAACUUUUAAAGCAAGUUCUUCAAAAAGUGAAAACUCAAAAGUCCGGUGAGCCUGAGGAAAAUGCAGAUACUGAAAUUGAUUCAUUCUCUAUUUUGAAGCAAGAUUCAGACGAAUCAGACAUUUUCUCCCUUAAAGAAUUGAAUGUUAUAGAUACCAUAGAGGAACAAGAGGAAGAAAACAUUGAAAAGCCCUCCACAAAACAGGUAGACACAAUAGACCUUAAAUUCCUGAAACCUCAGAUUAAAUUUAAGAAUUUCAAAGACGAAAAAGAAGUAGUAGAAAGCGUAAAACUAGGAACUUCAGAACUGAAAAAUGUUGUAUAUCAACCUUCAAAGGGUCACAACUACCGGAAGGAUCUAGUGGACGAGCCAAUUGCACCACACCAAAAGUUUUUAGUUGAAUUCUCUGACUGUGAAUAUGUUCAACUUGCAGAAACACACCCAUCAGAGAAAUCCUACGUUGGUAACAGUGACGUAUCGCGUAUUCCAAGGCUUAAGAAUGGACUUUCUAGAGUGCUGACCUAUCCUGGAGUUCACAAACUCUACGAUUACAAAACAAACACAUUUCAUUUUCAUCCUUUUUUAAGACAAUUACACAAACCGGAAGAAAUCAAUUUUGAUAACCUUACUCCAUUCAUACCACCAUCACAAGAUGAGUCUCUGCAUGCGUUAAUGAACGAUUAUUCUUGCAAAUAUCAGAGCUCAACUAGUGCUAUUACUUCCCCUUUGGUCUCACUCUAUUUAAUGCUUUCUAAUUUCAAACCAACCAAAGCUAGAAACCUUGAAAAUUUCAAGUUUUUAACAAGCACCUUUACCCCUGCUAUCCGUAAACCCAUUGUUUUCAUUCUUCGACCAAAACAAAACCUACAAGGAACAACAUUUUACUCGCUCGAUUCCUAUAGGUUCCUUUUUGAACCAAGAUCAAAUCAAAUUUUACUAGAUCUUGGAAAGGCAAUGGAAAAACUUUUUGUUAUGGAACCAGAAGAGUUUGAGAAAAGAUUUGUCAAAAAAUAUUGUCAUACGGAUGCAAUUUCUAUGAACGAAGCAGAAGUUUACAGAUAUCUUAGACAUGGAUCAUUUAUUGUUCGAUCUCAAUUAGAUUGCUAUCAUCCCAAACACGGAGUUUUCGACAUUAAAACAAGAGCGAUCAAUCGAAUACGUAUCAAUAUGGAGCACUAUGAAAAAUUUGUUAACUCAAAGAUCAAACUUGUGAAAGGAAUUAAUAACUCUUAUGAAAGGGAAUUCUAUGAUAUGGUACGAUCUGUUUUUGUAAAGUACAGCAUGCAAGCUAGAAUUGGAGAUAUGGAUGGAAUGUUUUUAGCAUAUCAUAAUACUCGUGAAUUGUUUGGUUUUGAAUAUUUGAAAUUAUCAGAAAUUGACAGUUAUGUAUUUGGUAAUUCCUACAUGGCUGAACGAUUCUUCACCCUUUUACUAGACCUUUUGAGAGAUGUAUUGGAUAGAAUUACAGAUCGUUUCCCAAAUAUUCCUCUCAAGAUUACUUUCCGUCCUUUGAAAGUCGAACCUUAUUUUAUUGAUAUUUUUGUAGAGCCAGUGCAAGAAGAUAAGGGAUGGAGCGACAGAUCUCCAACUGAGCAAGAAAAGGCAAAGUGGGAAUCUGAGAAAUUUAAUGCGAAUCCUUUUGCUGACUAUAUCAAGGAUACAGUUUAUUGCUACCGAUUGUCUAUUCAAACCAUGAUUAAUGGAGCAGUGGCUAGAGGUUAUGUUGAUUUUAAUAGGGACGACAAAGUUGACGUUUUGUACUCUCUCGAAGAAAUGGGAGAUACUUCAACCGACAAAUUCCUCAUGAACGAGUAUGUCUUGACUUUAAAGAAGGCAUUCUUUAUCGAACAAUAA